AGAAACAUGAUUGGCAGUCUGUUAUUUCACAUGCUCUACCCGCUAUCCCGGUACCUAACCAGUCGACUCUCAGAGGCUUCAAAGAAGGGUCUCCCACCUGUAGCGGUUAAUGGCAGGACAGUGUGGGAUGGUGGUGCUGUCACAACAAGGUUCACCCAGUCUCAGACAUCCCUGCUGGACCAGUGUCUCAGCUCAAGCAGUGGGACGGAGGGAGAAACGAAAGAAAGGAUGACAGAACCAAGCCCAGAAAAGGAAGACAACAGGAGACAUGACUCGGACAAAGAACAGCUGAUGGCUGUCCUGCAUGACGAAAGAAAGAAUGACGCCACUUUAAAGAGGAGUGAGGUACAACCCGCUGUGGAUGAUAAAGUAGCAGAUGCCAGAAGUGGACCACAACAAAACAAAGUAGACGCUCCGAGGCAACAGGACGGAGAAAUAACAGUUCACCAUGAGGUGUCCCAUAUGAAGGAAAACACAGAGGAUGGGUGUAUUUUUCCAACUGAGGACAUUAAUCCAGAGCAAGAACUUUUGGCACAAUUAAAAUGCCUGCAAACAGACGAGAGUACCAGCUAUCCAGUGGAGAAAAAAGCAGAGAUGCCAACCUUGGAAGAGAAAGUAACUCCAGCUGAGCCCAGAAUCCGAGAAACCACCAGUCCAGUACAGGAACAAAUACAGAUACUGAAGGUGGAAGAGUCAGUGACUUCAGCUAAAACUCCAGCUGAAAUAUCGGAGUGCUGGGAUGAAUAUGUACUUCCCACUUCUACUGACAUGCAGGGUGGAGAAAGCUCUACACUAAUAUUUGCCUCCCUUCUCUCUGACACUCGUACCCACCCUAAACUCAGUGAUACACAAACUGGCUGGCAUUUUCCUGCAGGACCAGGCCUGGCAGAAGAAGUGCGGUGCCCACUCUGGCAAUUUCCAACAGUGAGCUAUUACCCACCAACAGAGCCAACAGUGCCAUUUGAAGUAGUGUGGAGGGUGUGGGAGGCAAUGGAUGAGAGUGCCUCUGCAGCUGAGCCUGCCCUGAUGCUAUUACCUUUCACAAAAUCCUCGAUGGAGUUCACCGUUAUGUCCUAUAACAUCCUUGCACAGGACUUACUAGAGGCCAACCAGGAGCUGUACACACACUGCCCCCUGGAGGUGCUGGACUGGAGCUACCGCUGCAGCCUACUGCUGGAGGAAAUCAUGAAAUGGACACCAGAUAUUCUGUGUCUCCAAGAGGUUCAGGAGAACCACUACCAUGAACACCUGUAUCCAGUCCUGUCUCAGAUGGGCUACACCUGUGUUUACAAGCGGCGUACAGGGACCAAGACAGAUGGCUGUGCUACUUGCUAUCGUAGCAGUUGCUUCUCUAAGCUAUCAGUCACCCUGCUGGAGUUCUUUAGGCCUGAGACGGAGCUGCUCGACCGGCACAACGUGGGCAUUGUUUUGUUGCUUCAGCCAGUGGUUACACGUGGGUCAGAGGUCAAGGCGAAGGGCCCACCCCUUUGUGUGGCCAAUACCCAUCUCCUCUUCAACCCAAGGAGAGGUGACGUGAAGCUGGCUCAGCUAGCCAUAAUGCUGGCAGAAAUCGACAGCGUGGUCAAGUCCUGUAAGGCCAAAGGCGAACACUGUAACCUCAUAUUGUGUGGGGACUUCAACUCUGUCCCCAAAAUGCCUCUGUACCAGCUGAUUACCACCGGUGAGCUCUUUUUUGAGGGACUACCAGCGUGGAUGAUAUCAGGUCAAGAAGACCUGUCACACAAAGUCUAUUGUCACAGACUGUUUGCCCCCUUGUGGCCCAGCUGUCUGGGAAUCACUGACACCUGCCAGUACACGACUGUCAAGGAGAUAUUUAAGAGCCAGAGUCAGAAACCAGGGAAAUGUCAGUACAGUCAUGACUUCCUGCUGCAGCUGCGCUUCUGUCCAGCUGCAUGCGUCCAUCCUCUGGACUUGGAGCUGAUCCCAGGCGUGACUGACAACACACCAGAUCCUUCAAGGGGAAAUCAGCCCUAUGAUAAAAGGUUCAGACAAACUAUCAGACAUCAGUUAGAUCUGGAGUCGGUCUACAAACACAUUCUUCCAGGCUCCGGCAGUCCAGAAGUCACGACCCUGCACUCUGAGGUGGGAGCUACUGUCGACUACAUGUUCUACACCCCAAGACGCAUCCUAACUGCCAAUCAAAAGGCUGGUGCUGACUUCAUGGGUGAGGGUCUGAAGCUGAUUGGUUCUCUCUCCCUCCUGUCUGAGGAUGUCUUGUGGUCAAUGAAUGGCCUUCCCAAUCACAUAUUCCCCUCAGACCAUCUCAGUCUUCUGGCCAGAUUCCAGCUGGACCUGAAUGCUGCGUGACUGGGUCAACUGAAAGAGAUGUCUGAGGAUAAGCAUAUUUCCCUUCAAAUGAUUCAGGUCCUGCUCUGCACACAUUUAUUUUUGUUUCUUCUUGUUUUUGUUAGUAUGAAUGCCAUUUCUUGUGGUUCACUCCUGGCAUCACAUAUUUUUCUAAUUGAAUAGAAGUAAAUAUUUUUUGUUCAAAGAGCCAGGAAAAAUAAUGGAUGCCAAUAUUCAGUCUUGUUUCAUGUGGUUUUCAUUAGAUUAAUAAGCUGAGCUACGACUGAGAUAUGACAAAUCUUAUUAAUGAUGAUGCUGUAAUAGUUAAUUUAAAAAACGAAGGCAGUGAUUGCUUCAGCUCUUACUGGUGUGAUAAUACUUCAUUUUGCUGUUGACAACUGUUCCAGUACAUUUUAAUUUAUUUUAAACUUAAUGUUCAAACUGAUUAGGAGUCAAUUCUAUUUUUUCA